UGGACCGCGAUGAGGCUGUUUUUUCCUCGGCAGGCGUCCUUUGUUUUACAUCAGAACCCGACGGAACCAACCGUUAAGGUCCUACCGCGGGAAAAACUCCGAACGAGCGCUCGCGGUCGGUUGACUACUUGCCACUCGACUCCAUUUCCGUUCGAGCUCGGGUUCUGAUUCGCUGGGAUCUAAGAAAGCGGAAAUUACCUCAACAUCACAAUGAAGGCACUUAUUCUUGUUGGAGGAUUUGGAACACGUUUGAGGCCAUUGACCCUCAGUGUCCCCAAGCCACUUGUCGACUUUGCUAAUAAACCCAUGAUCCUGCAUCAGAUAGAAGCUCUCCAGGCUAUUGGAGUGGAAGAAGUAGUUUUGGCAAUCAAUUAUCAGCCAGAAGUAAUGUUGAAUUUCUUGAAAGAUUUUGAGAAAAAGCUCGGGAUCAAGAUCACAUGCUCUCAGGAAACAGAACCACUUGGAACAGCUGGCCCUCUGGCCCUUGCAAGGGACAAACUAGUUGACGCUUCAGGUGAGCCAUUUUUUGUCCUCAAUAGCGAUGUUAUCAGUGAGUACCCACUUAAGGAAAUGAUUGAAUUUCACAAGAGUCAUGGAGGAGAGGCUUCAAUCAUGGUAACCAAGGUGGAUGAGCCGUCCAAAUAUGGCGUGGUGGUCAUGGAAGAAUCUACAGGGAAAGUUGAGAAAUUUGUGGAGAAACCUAAACUAUUUGUUGGCAACAAGAUCAAUGCUGGAAUUUACCUGUUAAACCCCUCUGUCCUGGAUCGAAUUGAACUGAGGCCAACAUCAAUUGAGAAGGAAGUGUUCCCUAAAAUUGCAGCAGAGCAAAAGCUUUAUGCAAUGGUACUGCCAGGGUUUUGGAUGGACAUUGGGCAGCCAAAGGAUUAUAUUACAGGACUAAGACUCUAUCUAAACUCCUUGAGGAAAAAUUCUUCAUCGAAGUUAGCGGUUGGGUCUCACAUUGUAGGGAAUGUUCUGGUGGACGAGACUGCUAAAAUUGGUGAAGGAUGCCUGAUUGGGCCGGAUGUUGCCAUUGGUCCUGGUUGUGUUGUUGAGUCAGGAGUUAGGCUAUCUCGAUGUACCGUAAUGCGGGGCGUGCGCAUCAAGAAGCACGCUUGCAUAUCCAGUAGCAUCAUAGGCUGGCAUUCUACUGUCGGCCAAUGGGCACGCGUAGAGAAUAUGACAAUAUUAGGAGAAGACGUUCAUGUGGGUGAUGAAGUCUACAGUAAUGGUGGAGUUGUGCUGCCGCACAAGGAAAUCAAAGCUAGCAUUUUGAAGCCUGAAAUAGUUAUGUAAAGGAGUGUAUUUGCAAAUUAGUCUGAAUCCUUUUUUGAGAGCAAAAAUCGUUGGUCGUGAGUGGAUUUUACUAGUUUCUUUCUUCGUCUUCAUGGGCGCAGCAUAUUGUUAGUGUCUGCUAGUUUAAGUUCUGUGAGUGAAGGGUUAAUCUCAUUUAUCAAGGGCGUUUCUUGUCAUGUUUAUGAUCUGUAAUAUUUUUGUGUAUAUAGGGAAAAUAAGUUAUCAAUUUCUUUUCCUAAAGAUUCUUUCCUUCAUCUUCUUGA